UCUUCUCCUGGUAUAAGCGCAACUCGAGCUCUAGAACUCGAGAUAUACAAGUGUGGCGUCGACAAGAAGCACCUUGAGAGAGGGCGCUUUUUGGGAGAGCUUGACGAUAACAAUAUGUGGGGUAAGUCUUCGUAUACUCUAAAAUGCGAACUAGGAUGGCAUCUAAUACGGCUUGCAGUCACCAAAUCCUGUGGUUCCAACAAGUUGACGCCUACCACGACUUGCGAGGAGAAGUAUCAAGUACUCGCGGCUGGCCAGGUUGUCUGGGUUGGCGAAAUGCCUAGCAUCGCAUUGCUGUUUGCCGGAAAGGGUUGGUCAUACAGCAUCCUUAUUCACUACGCCAACAGCGUGUGCAACGAUGUUAGCCGCAUCGACCACAGCGUCAGCGGCAGCCAACGGAAGCUGAUCGAACCUUCCUACCAAACAUCGUACGAGAACGCGGCGAUGACGGUGCCCUCGGUCGUUUGCGACCAUACGCUCGGUACUCAGGACCACAUUGCCGGCGAUGGCGAUCUACAACAUAUCGAACUCACCUACGAGGCCGAGCACACCAAUCAGAACACGGUGUCCUUGGGAUCGAGCAGCUGUUCCACCUCUUCGGAAGACUCCAUCACCGACAUACUGAGCCCGUAUCAAAAUACCACAGCAUUCACUCUUCCAGUUGAAAACGACACGCGCGCCCUCCAUCUCCACGCCUGGUACACUUUGAAGUGGUCUCAACUCGAAGAGGCUUGCUGUACAAUCUGGCGCAGCGUAUUCCAGGGUCCCGUGGCCAACAACUACGUCGUCCUGGACGAAUCUGCCAAUCUGAUCUACCUCCAUCUAGAUAACUUUCUCAACUUCUUCGAGAAAGUGCCUCGAAACUCCUCUAUGACGCUCGCGGUCUUGCUGGAUGAUUCGUUGGGCAAGGUCCAGGAACACGCUCCCAUCUUUAUUAGCUUCGUCUGUGACUCGGCCAAGAACGCCGGUGGCUGGACUCUUGAUAGACUCUUAGAGGAGUCUACCUACGAGAGUCUCGCGGAAGCGGUCUGUGUUGUUGUACCCCUUCUCACGGCCAGCACCUACUGUGCGUACAAUGUGUCUUACUGGGCUGCACGAGGCCUUUUCGGUUCAUCCAAAUGGGUUUGGCGGAAGGCAUUCCCCGCCGACAUCACCAUCGAAGCAACAUCUGCUUUCACACUCUCUAUGCCGGGCCAGUUCCCCACCCCAGCUAGUCCCAACAGCCACGACGACUACGCUCCCUGGGCCUCGGCUUCCCAGACAAUCUGCUGGGGCGUUCGCAAGGGCUGCUGGGCCACUCACAAGGUGGUUGCCGCUACCGUCUUCACGAUCAAGAGCAUCCCGAAGUGGGUGGGCGCGCUCUGGGCGUGGUGGAACGACAAGCCCUCCACUCCCAAUAGCCCCGAUACCUCGAACCAGCUUUUUCUCCAAGACAUCGAAUAUCCGGCCCUACUCGGGACUUUUCCGCAGGACGCAGCCCCUGUGCCUUCGUUCCCGCAACCAUCACUCUCGAAGAUCUCGCCUUCAAAGGUCACUAGGACUCCGUCCUUUUGCCGCCUGUCUACCAUGUCCAUGCUAUCUCCCUUCAACUCUGGAACCAUUACUUCGGUGUGCUAGAUCCGUCGCCAAAAAGUAUUUUCGUGGGUUUCCUUUUGUACAUAGGUGGUCAUGAACGUACCGUUUAUAGCGGACCUAUGUCCCUCAUCAAAAGUGUUUCAUAGCGAAUGUAAAAGAUGUUCUAGAUUAUU